CCCGCCCGCCAGCCGGCGGGUGGUUAGGGAGCGGGGGUUGGGGGGUGAGCGCGCGUUGGAGACGCAGGGAGAGAAAAAGGAAGAGAGAAGAGAAGACGUGGGAGAGGUUAAUUCGGGAGACAGCGACGCACAGCCGAGGGCUGAGGGAGCGUGUGACGAAGAUCCAGGACGUAAAUCAACAUCAAUGGCGGCCGUGCCAGGGAUCAAUGACGGAGAGAACAAGAAAGACUCUGUCAUCUCACUGGAAGAAUUGAGACUGCACAACUCAGCAGAGAGCUGCUGGAUUGCGAUCCACGACAAGGUUUAUGACAUCACAAGCUGGCUCUCACAGCAUCCUGGUGGUAAAAUGGUCUUGAUGGAUGUGGCGGGGUUGGAUGCUACGGAUGUAUUUAUGGCAGCCCAUGCGAAGCAGGUUGCUGGCUACCUGCCCAGGUUUUAUAUUGGCAGGCUGGCUUCGAACCCACUACCUGAUCACCUUGCAGAUUUCAGACACAUCAGGUUAAAGAUGGAGGCAGAUGGUAUGUUCAAGACGAAUUACUGGUUCUAUAUUCGGCUCGUCUCGGUGCUGGCUACGUUCUUCAGUCUCGCGGUGUGCGGAGUUGUUUUCAGCAAGUCGACAGCCGUUCAUGCAGCGUCGGCAUUCCUUCUAGGAGUCGUCUUGAACCAGUUCAGCUUCAUUGGACAUGAUGCUGGGCACAAUGGAAUAUCUGGCAAAAGGUUGGUGGAUAGCGCAUUCGGACUUCUUGCAGGGAACACCUUGACUGGAAUAGGGAUUGGAUGGUGGAAGUCGACUCAUAACAUUCACCACAUCGUGUGCAACAGCAGGGACUACGACCCAGAUAUUCAGCAUAUGCCUGUGUUUGCAGUGUCCUCAAAGAUGUUCAAUAACUUGUACUCCCAUUUUCACAAGCGGCGGAUGAACUUUGACUCUGUGGCGCGGUUUCUGGUCAGCUAUCAACACUUUACGUAUUACCCCAUCAUGGCCGUUGCGAGAGUGAAUCUGUAUCUACAGACAUGGAUUCACAUAAUCAAAGGAGAGAAGAACUUUCUAUGGGUGAUGGAGAUCCUGGGGGUUGCGGCGUUCUGGACCUGGUACUUAAGUCUCCUCUCGUUCCUGCCAAGCUCGGGAGAGAAGGCCAUGUUUUUUUUAAUAUCGCACGCUGCUGGCGGCAUCCUACACGUACAGAUCUGCGUGAGCCAUUUUCCUAUGCCUACUUUCGAAGGGCGGCCGGAUGACGUGUCGUUUGUCGUCAAUCAGUUGCGUGGCACUCUGGACAUUGACUGUCCCACCUGGUUGGAUUGGUUCCAUGGCGGGCUUCAGUACCAAGUCAUACAUCAUCUGUUUCCACGACUGCCUCGUCACAACCUGCGAAAAGUGAGAGCUAUCAUUGAGCAAUUCUGCAAAAGGCACGACCUCAAGUAUCAUUCAUUUACGUUCCUGGAUGCAAAUAUAGCUUUGCUUAAAUGUCUUAAAAAGGCUGCGCUGGAGGCACGGGACUACACGAAGCCUGCUCCUGAACUGAAGCAGACAAUGUUGUGGGAAGCACUGAAUGCGCAGGGAUGAGAGGCAUCUCUCCCCCACCAUACCCCCGGGGCUUCCAGCUUGGCUUUACGUGAAGUUCUUUUGCCGCUUUCUGCCGGGGCACAUUCAUCUGACAGUGAGUGCGGAUUAAGCUAGCUGGAUGCGACUAUCUGGAUUGAAGAGGAUAUGCUUUCAGCUCAGCUCGGGGAAGUGUGAGCACAUCGAAAAGAGAGAGAACAUUUCACGCAAGGUGGUGUUUACUCCCAUUACACACGA